GCAAAGAUGCCGGAGAUUAUCACUGAACCGACCCCGAUAAAUAUAGAACCAAUAGUUUCCGUUAAUAAUGAUUGUCCAGAGAGUGGAAAAUCUAACGGAGAAAUACCAAACCAAGUUUUGUGUGUAAUUAACUCUGGACGACUAAACUGUUUUAUUAAUGAUCCUAUUAUAAAUGAUACUAUUCCUGCACUACUGACACUUAUUAAAGCUAUUGUUGUUUUGUUAAAGCCUUCCGUUGUAUAA